AUGAUCCAAAGCCAAGAAGCAUCAUUGAGAAACUUGGAGAUUCAAGUUGGACAACUUGUUAAUGAGAUGUGUAGUCGACACCAAGGUUCAUUGCCAAGUGACACCAUAAAUCCAAGACAAGAAGGUAAAGAGGAGUGCAAAGCAAUCACUUUGAGAAGUGUGAAGGAGUUGGAGAAUUCCAAGAAAAAUUCUGGGCAUGAGGGAAUGCCACAGCAUCAGCACCCAGACAGCUUAAUUUCAAAGCAGCCACCUCCAUUUCCCCAACGGUUUGAGAAGCAAAAGCAAGAUGCUCAAUUCAAGAAAUUUCUAGAUGUUUUAAAGAGGUUGCAUAUUCUUACAAAGAAGAGAAGGUUAGGGGAGUUUGAAACUGUAGCUUUAACCAAGGAUUGUAGCUCAUUCUUGCAGAACAAGUUGCCUCCUAAAAUGAAAGAUCCAGGUAGUUUCACCAUUUCAUGUACUACUAGAAACUCUUAUAGUGGGAUGGCUUUGUGUGAUUUGGGUGCUAGCAUAAACUUGAUGCCAAUGUCUGUGUUCAAGCGAUUAGGGAUUAGAGAGGUUAGACCUACAACAGUUACCCUUCAACUAGCUGAUAGAUCCCUCGCUCACCCUGAUGGAAAAAUUGAAGAUGUGUUGGUAAGAGUUGACAAAUUCAUUUUUCCCACUGACUUUAUUGUUCUAGACUAUGAGGCAGAUAUGGAAGUGCCUAUUAUUUUGGGGAGGCCAUUUCUUGCUACAUGUAGAACAUUGAUCGACAUGGAAAAAGGGAAGCUCACAAUGCGAGCUCAAGAUGAGCAAGUAACGUUCAAGGUAUUCAAUCUUAUACGUUCUCCAAAUGAGUUGGGGGAAUGUUUGGUCAUUCAUGUCAUGGACUCUACUAUGGAGGAAGGAGCACCCACAAGGUAUAGCAAGAGAGUGAGGAUGAGGCUACCUCCUGAAGAAUUUUAA